UACCAGAACCGCAAAAAAAUGUGACCGAAUGGUCCGCUACGUACUGAAUCCAUGGUGCCAGGUUCUAAAUCAACCAAUACGGCACGUAGCACGUAUUUAGCGCCAGAUGCAUAUUCACCGUAAAUUAUUUCCCGGAACUUUGACCCCAAUCUGUUUUCCGCAUUGACCGCUUGGAUAUUUCUUUAGAUUACAUUAAAAAAUUACAAAUUUUUACACAACUCACACACUUCCUCUCACCAGAUUCACUUAUAUCAAUCCGCUAAUUUCGUUCUCGGUCCAUGCCAUGAAAUUCAAAGUUCAUACCGGCUCAGCGUCAACAGCAACAUAUACAGUUGCUAAAGUGUACAGCAGGUCAUUCCUUUCAGCCAUGAACAAUCGCUAAUUUGAAAUGGUUUAAGUGAAAUGGAACUAUGAAUUUAGAAGGGAAGGGGACCUGUGAUUGGAUGGUUUGAAUCAUAAUUAGUUGGAGUGUUAAGUAUUAUAUUUCAAUGAAGGAAGGGAUGAGAAUUGUGAAAUAAAGAAAGAUACCCGGUGAAAGUAUGGAAAACUUUAAAAAUUUGGAAGCAUUCGAAGAGCUACAAAAAGUGAAUUGCAACUCCAACACUCCCUACCUCCGAAACAUAUACCUGAAGCAAGCCGAUAUUGAAUAUCAAUCUGGAAACUUUCCCAAUUCUAUAUUCUACCAAACUGAAGCCUUAUGUCUUGGAUACAGAAUUAAAUAUCUCUCAAAAGCAAACGAGCUGGAUCCCCUCAAAGCUGCCUAUGAACUACCUGUCGAGGAACUGAAAAAGAAAAAUCGUAUUGAAAAUGCACUUAUUAAAUUUGCUGAAAAGGAAAUGCAAAAUAAACCAUGCCCCAAACCGAAACCUUCUGAGCAAGUGUUUGAAACGAAUCCUGAAAAGGGGUUCAAAGCUAUCCGAGAUUUCUGUAGGUCACUACCAAAGGAAUGGACAGUCAUACAGCUGUGCAAAAGUUUCAAUGCAAAUACAAGUGCUUCGUUGAAGACAGAAAUAAUAACGGCCCAGAAUUCAAUCUAUUUAUCUGUCUUAAAAAAUGUGCAAUCCGAUGUCCAUCCAGAUCCCAUUUGUAUUAAAAUUGAAACGAAAGAAAAUGGAUACAAUAUCUUUGAAUCGAUACACCAGAUAACAGUUAAACUGAAGAGCGGACUGGCUAUGUUCAACAACGAAACGGAAAUGAAUACAAAUAAAGUCAUUUAUAACAAGAACCUACACAGUGUCGAUGAGGACAUAAAGCAAGCCAUUGGAAAACUAAAAGAGUUGAUUGGCCCGUGGAGGUGUUUUUUCUCUGGGCCAGCCCUGCCUGAUCAUCAGCCGGAGCAGAAUGAGAUUUUCGACAAAGUGAAACAGUUUUCCGUUGCGAAUGGAUUGGAUUCGAGACAACAAGUCAUACUAAGUAGCUUAGCUCGUCAGAUACAUCAACUUUCUAGGAGUGAUAUCAAUGUUGCAGUCUCCGAACUUGGUAAUGACUCAGAACUUUCAAACCGAAUCAAAAAAUUUUUGAUCGAACGAAGGCAGAAUGAUGCAGUCCCCUUGAAGUGUUUCCCAUGCAUUCUAAUUGUAGACGAGCGACUCGAUCAUUUUUUCUGGGAAAUUAUCAACGAAAAACAGGAAUUGUGUAGAAUCAAUUCCUUGCACACACUCAAGUCAAUUUACUCCAAGUACGCGGUAAAUAUUUCAGAUGGUUACCUGAAACUUUCCAUUGAAAAUUGCGCUUGGAUUUUGAAUCCAGACAAAACCCUCAACGAAAUGGAACGGCGAAUAUCAAGCUUCAUUGAAUUUUGGAACCCAAAAAUUAAAUCAAUCGUUGUCGAUCGUAAGGCUCCAACUGCAGAUACAGUAGUGAAAUACAUAACAGAAUCUGAUCUCUACGUUUACUCAGGUCAUGGGUCCGGAUUGCAAUUCUUCAAUGGCCAUAAAAUAACCAACUUACAAUCGAAAUCCGUUGUGUUUCUCCUAGGAUGCGAUUCCGUUCGGUUGAAAUCAGAUGGAUGGCAUAGCGAAAUGACUGGAUCGCAUCUAUACUACUUUGCAACACAAUGUCCUGCCGUUAUUGGUACGAUUUUAGUAGCUUUCGAUCGUAGAAUGGAUUCAUUGACAUCGGAUAUACUGAGCACAUGGAUACCGUCAAGGAGAAAAGUACACUGGAAGGGUGUUGAUAAGGCGGUAUGGGUUAAACAGGCGAGCGUUGAGGUAAUCAAAUCCGUUAAAAAUGAAAGACUUUAUGAACCGCGCUUGCCGUUGAUUAUGUGUAAAUUAAGGCAGGAAGCAGACAGCAAUCAUAGUCGUGUUUACUGUGUUUAUAGAGGUUUGCCUGUAUGGAAUUUGAAUGUAGAGUGAAAUGAUGGUCAAAAUAUGUAUAUAGAAUCUUUUUUAAAUAUAUAUCUCAAUGA